AUCAAACUCAAAAGUAAUAUAGACGUAGAGGCAACUGAACUCCCGAUUGAAUAGCAUUCAGAUACUAUAAUCCUGUUAAAAUUGAAAAGAUCAACAAUAAAAUGAUAAUUUGGUUGUUUAUCGUGGCAUGUUUGCUGCUGCAAGGAGAGAUACUUGGACAGCAAUUAAGCCCGGGAGAUCGCAAGAGAAUCGAUGACUUUCUCAACGAGGCGAUGAGAUGCCAACGAUAUACUGGCUUGUCAGUAAGUGUUGUAAGAGGAGGAGAAGCUGUCUUUACAAAGGGUUAUGGUAUGGCUGUAUAUUAUGGGGAAAAUUCUACCGAAAACAUUCCUGUUACCGCAGACACUGUCUUUCCUAUUGCAUCCAUCUCUAAACACAUGACAGCAUCAAUCAUAGGUCACGUGCUGCAGAAUACAAGUUACACUUGGGACACGCCGUAUACACAAAUGAUAAGAGAGCUCUUUAAUGAAGACAUCUACCUCAAUGACUUUUGGAGAACAGAGAAAGCAUCUCUAAGAGAUAUGUUAUCACAUCGCAUGGGCAUAGCAGGGCACGAUGUUAUCCGAUAUGGCAAUCAAUGGUCAAAGCGGGAAUUAGUCGAGAGAAUCCGUUUCAUUUCACCAAGGGCUGAAUUCCGUAACUCCUACUGGUAUAACAACAUUCUGUAUUCAGUAGCUAGUUAUGUAGCAGAGAGGCACGCUGGUAAAGAAUGGGGCGAACUACUACGAGAUAAUUUCUUUACGAAACUUGGCAUGGCCAAUGCUUCUACAUUCAAACUGGGCCACGCAGCCAAUUUUUCUGGAUGGGCAUUGCCUCAUGAGACAUAUGUUCGUAAUGAGCUAGGUAUCCACUUCGGGCCAAUACCGAUGUCUUUAUUCGACGACUAUAUCACAGGGCCAUCAGGUCCAGCAGGUGGUGCAGCAACCAGCGCCAAAGAUAUGGCAAUGUGGAUGAAUUUUCAACUUAAUUAUGACAAGGAACCAUAUGUUAGCAUACUGAAUCCUGAAAUAACCAAACAGAUUCGAAGGGGUGUUUGGGCGAGAGGGCCCCAAAAUAGAGACAACACAAAACCAAGAAAUGACUUCAGUUUCGGUUCUUCCAGCUAUGGCAUGGGGAUUGGCAACGGCUAUUGGCGAGGUCACCCCGUGUUGUCACAUGGAGGAAGUUUAACGGUGUAUACGUCAGAUUAUGCCAUUCUCCCUUACUUAAACAUGGGGGUGUUUGUAGCAUCUAAUCAGCCGGCCUCGUACCUCUCAGAGAUUCGAAUGUUCAUCUUCGACGUUCUUCUAGGAAUAGAGAACCCAUACAUAAACAUUUCGAGACUUUGUUCCCGAGAGUUUGAGUCUGAUAUGGUUGAUUUAGAAGAAGAAGAUGAUGAUGCUGGACUAAGAUAUGCAAUUGAAUCAAUUGUUAAUUUAAUUGAUACGGAAAAGCUGGACGAAAUCAAAUCAAAACUUAUUAAUCGAAGUCCUAUGGCUAAUGAACUUGAACCGUAUCAGUCGAACCAAAACGCGUAUGCUCUGGCAAAGGCAAUAACAGCGAUAGGCCGUAAAAUACCCAGAAAUGCAGAAAGGAAUUCCAGCCUUGUUAAAGAGUUUAGCAAAUAUACGGGAACUUAUGGCAAUUUUGCAUACGGAAACUGCACGGUACGACUUCAACCGAACACAUCUUUAUUUGAUAGUCAACUGGAACUAAGCUACGGUUGGAUGACAUUUAGUUUAAAGCGUGACAAUGCAACUCUCCCAAAUGUUUUUACAAUGACUGUUCUUGAGUUAUACGAGUAUAACUCGGAAAAGGUUGUAUUUUCAAGCUCCAAAAAUAAUGAUGUCAUCGACCAAAUUCAUCUUUCAUUUGACACGUGGGACCGACCAUAUUUGUGGGUGAGAAAUCGUAAGUUCAGUGAUGCUCCACCUCCUGGACGAAGAGAAUGCCCCACCCCCGUCCCUCCAGUCCCCUGUCCAACUCGGAGGAGCUCUGGGUCAAGAAAUGAGGCAAUCAAUCUUGUUGGGGUUCUUACAUUUAUAGUGAUCCUUUUAGGUAUAUAGAUUACAACCACACUUUUCCCUUGAACUACUAUAUAUCCCGCUAUGGGUCGACCUCGGACUGUGCAUUUUCCUAUAUGAUUAUAGGCACUUAUUGCAAUAAUAUAUUAUGCAGAUUAUAAUUAAGGUUUUGUACUACACCUUUCGCUUCUUAAAAUAUGUUAAAAUAGUUAUGACAUCUCAAUUUGGUUAUUUGCAUAUGUAAAUGUGUUUUCAGAUUGAGAAUGUAUUCCAUGAGCUAAUGCUAUCUCAUUCUCAAUCUGAAAACAAAAAAGAACGGAUUUUUUUAGGAAUUCUGCCAAAGGCAAAGUGAAUACAGGCAAUAUUGGCGAAAUUAUGAAACAAUGUAAAUAUGCUAAACAUAUUUAAAGCGCUUAUAAUUGUAAUAUAUUCACAUCAUUGGUUUCUACUAUUCUAUCUUUCUCGUUUCGAUAAUGUUACAUGGCCAUUAAAAGUUUUACCAACUAAAUUAAGUAAAACCAUAAUUGAAACCAUAUUUUGUAUCCUUUG